AUGGAACAACGAGAAGAAGAGGAAGAAGAAUUGGUAAAGAAGAAGCUUCGCGACGAGAAGGAAAGCGGCAAAAAUUCUUCCUGGGUGGACUUGGAACCGCUCUUGCUCGAAUGCUCGCUUCAAAUGCGAUCGGGAGAACUGAUCCACCAAAAGUCGUUCGGUUUGUUCGAGGCGAUGUCGGCGGUGGAAAUCAUGGAUCCGAAGAUGGACUGCGGGUGCGUGACCGGCGGCGGUGGUUUUGGUGAAACGUCGUCCUUAAAAGAGGAGGACGAAAACGAGGACGUUCGAGGAGUGCGGUUACUAAAAAGAGACGAUGAUAUCAUCGCCGCGCUGACAUCAUCGAAGGAGAUGAAAGUCGUCGUGGAUAUGUUAAUCGCGAGAGAAAAUUCCUGGCACGUGGGGAACGCGUUGCCGCCGACGGUGUUUUCGUGCUUGUAUUUGAAAGAGGAGGCGUUGAAGAAGUUGUCGUCGUUGUCGCUGUCGUCUUCGCACGCGUGGCCGAUGAGGGCGUUCGAGGCGCUGAUGACGACAACCUUACCGUUCGUUGGAUUGAUAAAGAAGAUGGUGGAAAUAGGAGAUAUUUUUGAAGAGGAGGAUUUCAAUCCGCACGAUUACGGGUUGAAAGUGCCUUUGCCGGAGUGGAUGCAGAGGAAAGAGAGCGGCGCGGGGGUGACAGCGGCGGACGUUUUGGACGGAGACGCGUGUGUCGCGAAGUACGAAGAAGUGUUGAAGGAAGGGAAGGACGCGUAUGGGGACUCUGAGUUAUAUCGGAGGAUAUGUUUGAGGUUCGCGUUGUAUCGCGCGUUCAAACGGAUCGCCGACGUGCCGACCGAGGAAAACGGAAAGAGGAUUAAGAGAGAUUUCGAGGAGGCCAGCGCAACCGCGAGACGUAUUCUCGAAGAAGAGGAUAUAAAAGGUAUUAGUAGUACGAAUAGUGAUAGUAAUAGCAACAGAGGAGAGAUUAAUGGUGGUGGUGAUGGUGAUGAUACUAAAGAUGAUGAAGAACACGCGAUGUUUGACGCUUCGGCGUGCGCGCACGCGCUCGGCAACUCGCCGCCUCGCGUCGUCGAGUUGUUCACCGUGAAGCAAUCGUACGAGUAUUACUUGAAGUUAUUGGACGAAUUAGACGUAGUAAUUGAACGUUUAUACGAUUCAGCCGCGGCAACGACGACAAGAACGCAUUUGGAGUUAUCCUCGGACGAUUUCUUCCGUAAAUGUCGCGAUAUUACCGAUCGAGACUUCCUGGCGUUGUCGCGAAGCGUCGCCGCGUACGUCUCCACCGUUGGCGGCUCGACAGAUUCUCACUUAGGCGUCGACUCGGUAGAUUUAUGCUUGCGAUCUGUUUUCGCGCAAGUCCCAGAGAAAGUGAGAGUAGACGAUUCUGAGCAGAAGUUGAGCUCGUUUCAAAGAGCACCGUUUGAAUACGUCGCGAGUGAAAUAAAAAAAGGCAAUUACAAUGCCGUCACGGUGACGUGCGAAGAUACUGGCGCACAAACAGACGGCGAUCCCAUUGAAAUCUUAGCGACGUUUAAAGACGAGUGUCAGCGGUCGUGUUCGUUCCUUUCGCGCGCCUAUUUUGCGUCUCCAUCGCGAAGGCGGCGGAAGCUUCGCCGGUGUCUCGACGAGCUUUCGCAUUUGCAAGUCGCGUGUUCGCACGUGGACGCGCUCGGCGUCGCUUCCUUAUUUUUGAAAAAGAACAUAAAGAACGGAAACGAUGCCAUCGACGAGGAGAAAGUGCAUGAAUUUUGCGCCAGAGCUUUCCAGCUUUGGGCCUCGCGCAUCGUCGCCGACGCGCAGUUUGACAUCUUAAAAGUUGGUUUCCAAUGCGAGCUGUAUAAAAGCUACGAGUUGGCGUCGGUGUAUUGGUACAUGGACAAUUUAGUCGUACACGCGCUCAAUGCCGACCAAUACAUCUACGAAGCCUUCAACUGUAACACCGAGGAAGUCACCAAGAAGUCUAUGGAUACAUAUCUCGAAGCUAAUAUAUUUCGAGUGCGAAGUAACGCCGCGCAAUGCGUCCUCGUCGCGCUCGAAAAAGUCGGGCUCAUCAAAAUGCCCAAACGUACUUUCACGCUCGCCACCGCGGAGGCGCGUUUUUUCCAACGUUUCGCGCACUUCCAAGCUAACUUAGACCCGGUGCCUUUAUUUUGGGACGACUACGAGAAGCACGUUCGUGGCUACGAGAAACGCCCGGCGGAAAUCUUACUCCGUCUGGCGCACGGUCAACUCCAACCGUUGAUUGAAAUGUUAUCGCAGCAAAUCGAAAGUUUGCAAAAGAAGAUGAACAACAAGAAGAACGAAGCUACCGCCGCCGCCGACGACGCCGAGGACCAAAAAGCAAACGAAAACAUCGCAUCAUUGCGCGCGAUGCAAUGCCUCGCCUCCUUAACCGCGACCAAAACGAAAUGCGCGAGACUUUCAGCCACGUGCAAACUCCUCGGCACGCUCGCCGAAGACGACCUGCGAGGGACGUGGACCGUCGACGUCCUCCAACCACCGUUUUCUUCUUCUUCCUCCUCUUCUUCACACGAGGAGUUCAAAGAUUACGACGUCUUCUUCGCCUUAUCCGCCUCGCGAAAAGCCUGA